AUGGUAGACAUGGUGGGGCGCAGGUUUCACAAGCCGAUCCCAAGGUUGGGGGCAAGCGUAGUGAACAACGGGAUCGGCCGGCGGCCACACUUUGCGAGUCAGAUGAUGAGGGGGAUAGCGAGGACGAGGAGGACGAAGACGCCCGAAUGGCGAACUACUAUGCCCUUCCUGAUGCUGCGCAGGAAAGGAUAAAACAGGCACCCGAUUUUCAACCGUUGUUUUUCUAACCUGAAAAUCGAUUGUCUCCAGGAGAAAUGGUGUCUGGUUGCAUUUCAUGUUGGCAACGUUUCUGCUCGUAAUUCUACACUCGAUUCCGCCGGCCAUCGAGGACGGGAGGACUUUCUUCACAUCGUCACAUAUCAAGUUUACGUACCUAUGUACUUUAUUCAGUUCUGUGUAUUCAGUUAGCGAGUCAUCCGUAUUUUUGUUUUCGCCGUUACAGAUCAUUGCUCUGCUGCGAGGUGGAGGAUUGGUGAAGGCACAGUCACCCGUGUUCCUUCCUACCGACCCGGUGAAGGGGUCGUCGAGCACCUACCUGUCUCCGUUCCUCUGUCCAACCGUGUAUGUCCAUGCGUGGCAUCGCUACUACGCAUCAUGUGGUGUGCCGAACCAGCCUCCUUGCUCGCGAUGUGGAUGGAAGGCAGUGACGGACCGCAAGGCAAGAGUGAUCAACAAGGGAUGGACGAGAGGCCGCCGAGUUUCGGGCAUCUUCGAUGACAUGUUCAUGAUCGGAACCAAGCACCACUGCGACACGUGCAUGGAGGCGAAGCAGAAGCUGAAGGCCCGCGCCGACGAGUGGAGAGGUGACGAUGACAAGAAGCAGCGGCGUCUCUCAGCGUGUUUCUCAGCGUGACUGCGGUGCCCCUGGCCGCAGGGUUUUCUGG